CGACCACCGCCGGAGCCAUACAGAGUCGCUGUUGGUGCAAAGCCAAAUUUAUAGCAAAUCGAAGGAGAUCGCUCUAUAGGACUGGAAGAAGACUUUGCUCUACUCGCCAAGUUUUAUCAACUGCUCCCUUCUCAACUUGGCCCCCACGUAACGUUAGAAGCCAACAUGUCUCAGCAGCAGAUCAGUCUCCCAGCCAAACUGAUCAACGGUGGGAUCGCCGGCAUUGUUGGGGUCACUUGUGUCUUCCCAAUUGAUUUGGCUAAGACACGUUUACAGAACCAGAGACAAGGUCAGCAGGUCUACAAAAGCAUGAUGGACUGCCUUGUCAAGACUGUUAGAUCUGAGGGUUACUUUGGAAUGUAUAGAGGCGCAGCUGUUAAUCUGACCCUGGUUACCCCUGAGAAGGCAAUCAAGCUGGCAGCCAAUGACUUUUUCCGACAUCACCUUGCCAAAGAUGGGAAAGGGUUGACAGUGUUCAAAGAGAUGCUGUCGGGAUGUGGCGCAGGACUGUGCCAAGUUGUUAUCACAACCCCCAUGGAAAUGCUCAAAAUUCAGCUGCAGGAUGCAGGCAGACUGGCAGCCCAGCAGAGAAAGCCCGGCAUGAUGUCUCCCACCAAACUUGCAGCCACCAACGCAGUGCUCAGCCGUUCGUACAAUGUGGCUCCAGUGGCCCCGGGGCCCAGAGCUGUGUCGGCCACUCAGAUCGCCAGGGAGCUCCUCCACACACACGGCAUCCAGGGUCUGUACAAGGGACUUGGUGCCACGGUCAUGAGGGACGUUCCCUUCUCGAUCAUUUACUUCCCCUUGUUCGCCAACCUGAACCGCUUGGGAAAACCCAGCCCGGAAGCGUCGUCCCCUUUUUACUGGGCCUUCCUUUCUGGCUGUGUGGCUGGAUCCACUGCUGCAGUGGCUGUCAACCCAUGUGAUGUUGUGAAGACAAGACUGCAGUCUUUGAACAAAGGGGCCAGUGAGGAGACGUACAGUGGCGUGGUGGACUGUGUGAGUAAGAUUAUGCGGAACGAGGGACCUUCUGCUUUCCUGAAAGGAGCAUGCUGCCGGGCGCUGGUGAUCGCCCCCCUGUUCGGCAUUGCGCAGGUCAUGUACUUUGUCGGCGUUGGAGAGUACAUCCUGGAGAACUCUCCUCUGAGCCUGCUGUCGUGAGACUGGACCGUCGUCGUCUUGCUGGUCAGCAACGCUCGGAUUUCGUUUUCACAUCGGACGAAGUGUAUCAACAAAACGACUGGCAGCUACAUCCACUAUACCGUAUAUGAAGACUGCUGACUGCGAGAGAGAAGCCUUGGUGUUUUGUAACGUGGUAUCUAAACUCCCCACGCGGUCAAAACAGCUGUACAGCACUUCAUGUUGUUUCUAUUUUUGGGACUUAUUCAGUUGUCUAUAUGACCAAUGUUUGCACUUGAAGCGGUCAGCCUUAUCACACUAGGGUCCGCGACGUGGCGGCGUUGCCUCGCGUUGUCCCUGGACGGCCCUGCUCCUCAUCCCUCUGUGAGGGACGGGAGGAGGGAAUGACUUCAGCAAACUGACAGACCUCAUCUUUAUAUUUUGUUUUUCAUUUGAUUUUUUUUUUUUAAAUAACGUUUGAAUGCAGUAAUUUGCAGUAUGUUUUUUCGCCCCUUUUAAAUGUAAUUGCAGUCUCUUACGAAGCCUUCGGUGAGUCACGGGGCUGUUUUGAGAGGAUAUAGGUUUACAGUUGGGGACACAAUUUACACAUGCAGAAUUUAUGUGUAUUUUUUUUUUUUAAAUUUGAGUAAGAAUUGAUUGCAAAUGGUAAAAUAUGUUACAAAAUUUGCUGACAUGGGACCACGUGGUUCACCAAACCAUUCAUGCAGUGUCCUGCUGUGUACUCGACAUCAUCCCAACUGGCAGGGUUUUUUUCUCUUUAAAAAAAAAAAAAAAAGAAGCUGUUUACAGCUGUCUUUAUAUCUUCAUUUUCUGACAAUACUUGAGAUGCAUUUAUGCACAGUACAGUAUGUAUUUGUCCACAUAAACUAAUUUUCUUGGUGCGGCGUUGUAGCAGUGGUUUUACUCGGCCGUCUUUGUUCGUGCCUUAACGGAGGGCGUUGGUGACCUCUAGCGAGGAGUGCAAUCGAAGGCGAAAACGGCGUUUUAUCACUGUGCAUGUUGAAAUGACUGUUACCAUCUUUCUAUGUUUGUGCUGUCCUUUUUGUAUAUAAACUUGUGAAUUAAAAUUUUACAUUGCUC